AUGUCGCCUUACACUCUUCGAUGGGGAAUCAUCGCUACCGGGAAGAUAUCAGGUCAGUUUGCUAGGGACUUGUUGGUCGAUCCCAGCUCUAGAGAAGUAUCAGAUGUAUCUCAUCAGAUCACUGCAGUCGGCUCGAGAUCAGUCGAAUCCGCUCAAAGAUUCAUUGACGGGUUGAAGAAUCCUGGCGAAGGCGAUUCGUGGGAAUGGGGAUCAAAGAAUGGGAAAUUAGACCAAGUCAAGGCUCAUGGAUCUUAUGAUGGAGUAUACAACGAUCCUAACGUCGAUGCUAUCUACGUCGGUACACCUCACAACCUCCAUUACAAGAACACCAAAGAUGCUCUGCUUGCUGGUAAACACGUCUUAUGUGAGAAACCUUUCACCAUUGAUAUUGACGAGUUAGAAGAUCUCGUUGCGAUUGCGAGGGAGAAGAAACUUUUCUUGAUGGAAGCUGUCUGGACUAGAUUCCAUCCCAUCGCAUACGCUGUCGAGGAAGUUUUGAAAUCUGGUAAACUCGGUAAACCCAAGAGAUUCGCUGCUGAUUUCUCGAUGCAAUAUGAUCUCGAUUCCAAACCCGAUUCAAACCGAUUCGUUGAUCCAGCUCUCGGAGGAGGCAGUCUGCUGGAUAUGGGACCUUACCCAUCUGUAUGGGCGAUGCUGCUAGUUCACAGAAACCCUCAUAACAAAGAUCAAAAUCCCAAAGUCGUUAGCUCAUAUCAAUCCAUCUACCCAAGGUCUGGUGUAGAUCUCAACUCGAGAUGGAUAGUAGAAUGGGAGGGCCUCUGCCAUGGUCAGCUGGUCACUGACUUGACCAGCCCUGGGUUGAGAGAAAACACUGCUGCUCUCCAAUGUGAGGAAGGUGAUCUGGUGAUUGAGUAUCCACCUCAAAAACCCGAGACCUUCCAUAUCAUUCCCCGACCUGAUCGAUACCUCGCCUCGGUGAAGGAGAAGACUACCCAUCAUCACCCCGUCCAUCAAGGUAAUCACGGUAUGUCAUAUGAAGCUGAUGAGGUGGCGAGGUGUAUCAGGGAUGGUAAGACUGAGAGUGACCGGAUGCCUCUAGACGAGAGCAAAGUGGUCCAAAGAUGGUUUGAUUCGGUGAGGAAGAAUGGAAUUAGCAGUACUAAAGAUAUGAAGGGAACUGCUGGGCAAUAA